AUGACUCUGGCUUUUUUUUGUUUAGGUGCUUUGAGUUUAUUAGGAGAGCUAGAUGAACAAGUAACAACCGAAAAUAAAAAAGAUUGGAUUGACUGGAUCUAUGCUCAACAAGUUUUACCAACGGGACAAAUACCUGAUCCAAAUGAGGCGUACUGUGGUUUCCGUGGUUCGUCGUGGUCUGGAAGAAAAUUUGAGCCUACAGCUACAACAUGUAGUUUUCAGCAUUACGAUUCCAGUCAUAUAGCAAAUACAUAUACUGCUUUAUUGAAUUUGUUAUUAUUGGGAGAUGACCUAUCACGUGUCAAUAGACAAGCAAUCAUUAAAACAAUUAGAAAGCUGCAACAAGAGGAUGGCAGUGUAGCACCUACGUAUGGAAGUCUAGAGAUAGAUGUUAGAUUUAUCUUUUGUGCUUGUGCAGUAUCCUUUAUUCUAAAUGAUUGGUCAGGUAUUGACAUUGAACGAACAACAGACCAUAUUAAAAGGCUGCAGUCUUAUGAAUAUGCUAUAGCUCAAUGUCCGAAUCAAGAGGCUCAUGGGGGCUCGACAUUCUGCGGUGUAGCAGCACUCGCGCUAAUGAAUAAAUUAAAGGAAGGACUUGUGGAUAAGGAUAAACUGAUUGAAUGGUGCCUACAGCGUCAAGUGAGUGGAUUUCAAGGCAGACCCAACAAAUCCCCUGACGUGUGUUAUGGAUUCUGGAUAGGUGCCUCGUUGGACAUACUAGAAUCAUUUACAUUGGUCAAUUGUCAAGAACUAAAAGCAUUUUUGCUAGAAUGCCAACACAAAAUAGGUGGGUUUGGCAAAGAUCCAGAUUCGUUUCCAGGUAAAAUAUCAAGGUAG